AUGGUCGGCGAUGUGGCCGAGCUUGAAGCCUCUCUCCCAGCACGUCUCCCCGAAUUGAGGGAGGGUUCCCUGCCAUCAGGAGUCAAUGUGGAGAGCGCGGAAAGACAGGUCGGGCAUGGAGGGGCGCCAUGGGCGCGAAAGGGUGAAUUGGUUGGGCGCGGGGAGGUGGUCGCCUUGAGCGUGGAUGGUCGCGUCGGGGAAGGGGGAGGGAGGCGGAAGAAGUCAGCGGGUGCGGCCACAGGGAACGCGGAGGAAGAGAGACGCACGCAGGAGAACUGGAAUGCCUUCACGAGCCGGAUCCCCUCGACGGAGCGGCCCACGGGGAGGUUGUUGAUCGUAAUUUGCUUGUCCAGCUCAACCGAACGCACAAUCAGCCGCGAUUCCCGGACGUGUGCCGCUCCACCAAGGACGUACCUGAGGGCACCCUACAGGGUCGACUCUGAUGAGAAGCCCACAGAGGGCGAUCCCCUCGUCCUCGAUGAGGACGCCGUACUCGUGGGACAUGGACAUAUCGGUCGAGGCCGCUAUGGACUUGGUGGAAUGAGCGGCUGCAGAACAGAUAUCGGUAGAGGAGGAAGAGGAACACAAACCAGUGAGCCGCUGCUCCUGCCGAACGGGCGGCUGCUCGGGGCGGACGCGUCGCGCGCGUUCAGCAACGCCUACCGGAAGCGGUCGCGCGCAGAUCUAGCAGCAGGAGACAUACCUGUACACCAUGCUCCCACGGAGCCGGUGGCUGCCGCACCUCCACAUCGCCUUGAAUCCCCGGUGGCAAGUGAAUGGUGUUGGGUCGCUGGCUUGCAUGGGAGCGCGCGGCGCCACAUUGAAACUGUCGGCAAGGCUGAGGAAUCAGGCCUCACAAGUGACCGACCCGUGGCCAUGGGCGACGUACUCAAGCGUAUCUUUGUACCCGCAGUCUUGAGGGUGUGGGCUUUCGCCGGUGUGGGUGAGGUGUUCAAAGCCAUGUGUCGACACAAGUGUGGAGGCCAAAGCAGGACGCCACUGCGGCGCCUCCGUGACUAUCAGCAGGAAAUCCUACGUCUCAGGGUCAUUCUCCACGCUGACGAGAACCGUGUACUUGACCUACCCGGCGGCCGCUCUUCGGAGGUGCACUGGGCCCUGCUGCCCGAGCGUCUUGAUCAUCAUCGCCUCACCCGCAAUCAACUCAUGGUGCCAUCUGCAAACAAUGCGCCAGAUCUGACGCUUCCCAGCCAGCUCUCGAGACUUGUCGAAUCAUUGGAUAUCGAGGAGGAUGGGGCCCGGGAGCAGAACAUUACUUAUUGGGAGUUCACUGGCAGCUGGGCCGAACUAGGCUCGGCGUCGCUUGACGGGCAAGGUCGUGCACGACUUGCACCCGACCACUGCCGGCAGCGCCCCAAGUUCCAACAUGUUUGCAGGACUGUAUUUGCGCUAGGAAGCCAGAGUUGGUGGAGUGGCUGCGCGGUGACUCGGCUCACGGGCACCGCGUUCUCUGCCGCGCGCACCAUUCGCGCGCUCACGAACCAACCGUAUAGCUCAAUGCAGACUUCUCAUGCACCCCGCGCGCGCCAUGGAUCACCCUUGGAGGAGCGCAUGAUCAUCUACUAUCAUCAACAUAUCAUCGACUACAGCUUUUUGUCUAAACUACUAGUGCCUGUAGUAGAUCCAUCAUAUCCUGGGAUUGUAUCCCUCCAUUGGUUGCAUACGUGGUUCUCCGGCGGGACGUUGUCCAGCCGAACAUUCUCUACUUUAGACUCCCCAUUCCGCCCCUCUUUGUCGGCGAAACACCUCGUUGACUCCACGCCUUCGAACUUCGACUUUCAAAAGACUGCCACCUCAAUCUGUGAUGUCCUCGCAUUUGCAUUCGACUCGUCGCUUGGCUGGGCCCUCCCUCGGUUCAGCCUCUUCGUCCGCUGUUCCGUGAACCGCGACAUUGAAGCACAUUCGACGCCUUCGUGGCGAGCGAUGGCUUCGGGACCUUCUCGCUCUUCACCACACCCAAUCAGCGAUUUGUACCGCUUCGCUAUCGCGGUCGGCCAGAUCACGACUUUCAACGAUGGACGCUGGGGUGCCCACGAAUACUCGAGGUGGCCACAGAGCUUUCAUCGCUACUUCAUCCAUCUACCGUGCAUACCCCGGCAGGGAAGCGUUUAUGACCCCGGCCUCCCCAUUCUGUGGUACGACUGGAGGGACGCCGACUGGAUUGAGGAGCGCUGCGGGCACACUCGUCUUGGACGACUUCGCGACGACCUUCUCGCGGAGCUGCGCCAUAGUGUCAAGUGCAUCAUCGCGUCCUCUGAGCAAUGUCAACAUGGGCCCCCCGACGCUCAACAGAAGCACAAGUUCCUUACUCUGGGCGUACGACUGUGCCUCGACCGCCUCGCCGUCCUUCCCUCCGAACGCGGAGUCAUCAUCUCUCUCACGGCUCACGUCCAGAGGCUUUUACUGGAGCUGGUGGGCCUCCGCGUUUACCUGCGCGAAGUUCUCCCGCGCAUCAAGGAGCAACGCGACUGCAGCACGGACGUCCUCGACGUCCUUGGCGCACACACCAGCAACCCGGAGACCACCCAGUGGUUACAUCGUGCAGGAAUUCCGGUCUGGUUCCAACGAGACCGAUGUGGCGACCUCCCCGUCUGGGAAGUUGUCGACCUCACCCCGCUCCCUCCGUGCUUCUCCUCUACGCCGUCGUACCCGAAGCUGGUGCUCGCGCAGCAAGACCACUCCGGCUUCCUGAACACACCAGGUCGCUGGCUCUCCGCGAUGUACUCAAAGGUCCACAGCGACCUUGUCGGCAAACGUCUCCCUCCUCUGGAGUCCACCGAUGAUGACGACAGCGGCGCGCCUGAGAGCAAAAGAGGCCGCCCGUCGACCUCUUCUCCAGCGGGCGUAGCCACGCGCUCAGGUGCUACGGCACAGAGCCUCGCAGGCAUUUUGGCCCCUGUCGCACCUCGACCUCCGAAGAAGCCUUCGCGGUCCAAGGCACCCAAGGAGACCACGGGAUCGUUCAACGUCAACCCCUUCCGUGUUUUCUACCCGUCGACGACCGUGAUCCACGACGAAGGGUGGACCGACGCGCUCCGCCAGCAGGGAACGUUGCCUCAAGCGAGCAAGAGCGCGGCGUAUUUCUUCCCGCCCCCAUGGAUGGUCGAUAGGCUCGACGGUUUCCCUCUCUCCGAGGAGAAGCGGUCGCGUCGGAUGCUGCAGCUUGUCGCCAUCCGUGCCUUCUGCCGAGUGCGCCUCUUCGAACGCACUCGGUUCGGCGGACCCCUGUCCGUGUCAGAUUGGCGGGACGCGCUGUGGGGGGAAUACUCGAAGGAUGCAGACGCAGCGCUGACCGUCGCGGCGACACCUGCAGCACCCAACCGCAUGAUCGCGACGACCUCAGCUCACGAUCCAGUUCCUGCAGUGGGCACGUCGUCCGGGAAGGCUCCGAAACGAAAGCAGCCGGCCAAGAUGACACGAGAAGCCAAUCGGCUCGCCGCUCAGCAGGCUGUCAAGCAAGCGUUCGCCAGCGCCGAUCUCCCUGAUUUCAGCCCCACAGCCGCUCAUGCAUACGGCGAGCGCGUUGUGAACAUACACGACGUCGCAGCCGACGAGGACCUCAUCCGCAACCUCGUUUGGGAGGCCCACGAGAUGAACUGGCGCUGCGAACUGCUCGCCUUGGACACCGUCCUCACGGGCUCGCACAAGUCAGACGACCUGGCUCAGUGGGCUCGGGAGUCGCUCAUUUCGGAGGUGUGGGGCGGAGCCGCCUCAGUACAUGAUAUGCAUAAAACCCUGUUAGAGUGCCCCGGGUUUAUGCAUGCAGUAUAUUAUGCAUGA